AUGGAAAGACCUCUCGCACCCGUCCCGCUCCCGCUCCCGCUGGCAGCUCUCCGCCGCCAGUUACACACUGUCUACCAGUCCGUGGACCUGCCCGAGACACACCAGAUGCUGCGCCAGACCUGCCGGGACUUUGCUGAGAAGGAGCUGUUUCCCAUCGCGGCCGAGAUAGACAAGGAACACCGCUUCCCGGUGGCUCAGGUGAAGAAGAUGGGCGGGCUCGGGCUGCUGGCCAUGGACGUGCCGGAGGAGCUGGGCGGCGCCGGCCUCGAUUACCUGGCCUAUGCUAUCGCCAUGGAGGAGAUCAGCCGGGGCUGCGCCUCCACCGGCGUCAUCAUGAGCGUCAACAACUCCCUCUACUUGGGGCCCAUCAUGAAGUUUGGCUCCAAGGAGCAGAAGCAGAAGUGGGUCACGCCAUUCACCAGCGGCGACAAGAUUGGCUGCUUUGCCCUCAGUGAGCCAGGCAAUGGCAGCGAUGCGGGAGCUGCAGCCACCACCGCCCGGGCAGAGGGUGACUCCUGGGUCCUGAAUGGCACCAAAGCCUGGAUCACCAACUGCUGGGACGCCUCAGCCACUGUGGUCUUUGCCAGCACCGACAGGUCCCUGCACCACAAGGGCAUCAGUGCCUUCCUGGUCCCCAUGCCAACGCCCGGCCUCUCGCUGGGGAAGAAGGAAGACAAGCUGGGCAUCCGGGCCUCGUCCACGGCCAACCUCAUCUUUGAGGACUGUCGCAUCCCAAAGGAGAACCUGCUGGGGGAGCUGGGGAUGGGCUUCAAGAUAGCCAUGCAAACCCUGGACAUGGGCCGCAUUGGCAUCGCCUCCCAGGCACUGGGCAUCGCCCAGGCCGCCCUGGACUGUGCUGUGAACUAUGCCGAGAAUCGCAAGGCCUUUGGGGCGCCCAUCACCAAGCUCCAGGGCAUCCAGUUCAAGUUGGCGGACAUGGCCCUGGCCCUGGAGAUCGAGGCCGCGACCGCCAUCAGCCACCAGGCCAUUCAGAUCCUGGGUGGCAUGGGCUACGUGACAGAGAUGCCGGCCGAGCGGCACUACCGCGACGCCCGCAUCACCGAGAUCUACGAGGGCACCAGUGAGAUCCAGAGGCUGGUCAUCGCGGGCCACCUGCUCAAGAGCUACCGGAGCUGAACCCCGGCCACCACGCCCAGCCGUGGCUGCGGACCUGGCUGUGGGAAGGACUCCAGACACGCGGACAGGCAGGGGCCAGGUCACCGCCCCAGCCUCCUGGUGUGGCCCCAGACCGAUGUGGACAUGCCGGCAGCCCUGGGGAAGGCGAGGCGAGGGGCUGUGCCCUGCGUGAGGACUCCGCCCCACGCUCUGUCCUGGCUUCGCUCCCCCUCACCAUGUGCCUUAUUCUUCAUCGGGGGACGGCCUCCUGAAGCCAGGGCCGUGGGAAGGACUGGCCACUGGGGGCGCCCCCGUGGCCGUGGGCCCUGGUGCUCAGCAGGAGGCGGG